CACAUUGUCUUCUUUGUAUUUCUUUGCAGGAAGUUCAGAAAAAAGUGUCUCUUUUUAGUCUGCAGAUGGAACUAAGCGCGUUAAUUCCUGGUCUAGUGUCUACGUUCAUACUCUUGUCUAAUAGUGAUCACCACGGCCGAAAAUUCCCCAUGGUUUUGUCUUCUAUUGGUGCUCUUGCAACCAGCAUUUGGCUCUGUUUGCUUUCUUAUUUUGCCUUUCCAUUACAGUUUUUGAUUGUAUCUACCUUCAUUGGUGCAUUUUGUGGCAAUUUUACCACAUUUUGGGGAGCUUGCUUUGCCUACAUAGUUGAUCAGUGUAAAGAACACAAACAGAAAACAAUUCGAAUAGCUAUAGUUGACUUUAUACUUGGACUUGUUACGGGACUAACAGGACUGUCAUCUGGCUAUUUUAUUAGAGAACUAGGUUUUAUGUGGUCGUUUUUAAUUAUUGCUGCGGCUCUUACUGUUAACUUGAUCUAUAUUUUAUUUUUUCUCGGUGAUCCAAUGAAAGAGUCUUCAUCUCAGAAGGUCACUAUGUCAUGUAAUGAAGGCCUUAAAAACCUAUUUUACCGAACUUACAGGCUUUUUACAAAUGCUUCUCAUAAGUCUUUGCUCUGCUUGUUAUUUUUUACACUGAUCACUUAUUUUUUUGUAAUAAUUGGCGUUGCCCCAAUUUUUAUCCUUUAUGAAUUGAAUUCACCACUCUGCUGGGAUGAAGUUUUUAUAGGUUAUGGAUCAGCUUUGGGUAGUGUCUCUUUUUUGAGUAGUUUCCUAGGAAUAUGGGGCUUUUCUUAUUGUAUGGAAGAUAUUUAUAUGGCCUUCAUUGGAAUUUUUACCACCAUGGCAGGAAUGGCUAUGACUGCUUUUGCCAGGACAACACCAAUGAUGCUUUUAGUCAGGGUGCCGUUCUUUUUCAAUAUUCUGCCGCUCUCUGUUCUACGGUCCAUGUUGUCCAAAGUGGUUCGCUCUACUGAACAAGGUAUCCUGUUUGCUUGUAUUGCAUUCUUAGAAACUCUUGGUGUAGUCACUGCAGUUUCUACUUUUAAUGGGAUUUAUUCAGCCACUGUUUCUUGGUACCCUGGCUUCACGUUUCUGCUGUCUGCUGGUCUAUUACUAAUUCCAGCAAUCAGUCUAUGUGUUGUCAAGUGCACCUGCUGGAAUGAGGGAAGCUAUGGACUUCUUAUACAGGAAGAAUCCAGUGAAGAUACUUCAGACAGAUGACUAUAAUUUUUUUAAAAAUUAAUGCACACAUACACUGUGACUUCUGAAGAAUAUAAACUAACUCCACAAUCAGCGUUUCAUUAA